AUGCUGCCUCCCACAGCUCUCCAGAGAUGCUGCCUCCCACAGCACUCCAGAGAUGCUGCCUCCCACAGCACUCCAGAGAUGCUGCCUCCCACAGCACUUCAGAGAUGCUGCCUCCCACAGCACUCCAGAGAUGCUGCCUCCCACAGUACUCCAGAGAUGAUGCCUCCCACAGCACUCCAGAGAUGCUGCUUCCCACAGCACUCCAGAGAUGCUGCCUCCCACAGCGCUCCUGAGAUGCUGCCUCCCACAGCACUCCAGAGAUGCUGCCUCCCACAGCUCUCCAGAGAUGCUGCCUCCCACAGCACUCCAGAGAUGCUGCCUCUCACAGCACUCCAGAGAUGCUGCCUCCCACAGCACUUCAGAGAUGCUGCCUCCCACAGCACUCCAGAGAUGCUGCCUCCCACAGUACUCCAGAGAUGCUGCCUCCCACAGCACUCCAGAGAUGCUGCCUCCCACAGCACUUCAGAGAUGCUGCCUCCCACAGCACUCCAGAGAUGCUGCCUCCCACAGCACUCCAGAGAUGCUGCCUCCCACAGCUCUCCAGAGAUGCUGCCUCCCACAGCACUCCAGAGAUGCUGCCUCCCACAGCACUCCAGAGAUGCUGCCUCCCACAGCACUCCAGAGAUGCUGCCUCCCACAGCACUCCAGAAAUGCUGCCUCCCACAGCACUCCAGAAAUGCUGCCUCGCGGGAGAGUAUCUGGCCUUACAUACUUCUGGACCUAGUACGCAAGGCCUAA